ACAGUUCCAGUUGUCAAUCAUCUCCUUAACCCUCGAAUAUUUGUGUUGUUGAGGAAUUUUGUGAAAUUUAAAAAAAAUACCGCAUAUUUGUGUACUUUCGGCACGGCAUUUUUGCCAAAAAUGGCAGAAACGUUGCCCUCCGUAGCCGAACAAGAGUUGGGAGCCCUAAGAAGCCUGUUGUGGGGCUCUGAAAUUAAACAGGACAUUUUUAGACGAUGGUCCCAAGGGUUUUAUUUUAGUUCGAAUGAAAAAAGUUGUUUGGAACAGGCUGAAGGCGGUCCUUGUGCUAUAAUAUCCCCUGUGCAAGCGUUUAUUAUUAAAAACCUUCUACUGGAACAUCAGGAUUUGAGUUUUAGAGAAAAAGUCAGUACAGAUGAACUACAAAACAAAAUACUGGUCAGCGCCCUCUGUGAGAUUUUGAGCGAGUGUAGUACGGAGAAAUAUUUAAUAGCGCGCUUGGAUAAUCGCUCGACAGAUGGCGACACCAACGAGAAUUUGCCGGAAGUCGGCGAGGGUUUGGAUCCGGCGAGAUUUCAUAACGAUUUGGAAAUUUUGUACUUUCAAAGCAUAGAAGAUGUAACAAAGUAUUAUUCUGAAAAUAUUGCGUCGCUCACAGACCGAUUUGGCGUGUUGUUGUUUCUAUAUUCUGUGAUAUUAUCUCGGGGCUUGCAACGGGUUAAAUCGGAAUGCGGGGAUUCACAGGAACCCUGGAUAGACGAAACGUACGGCUACGGCAGUCAAUCCCUUAUAAAUCUAAUGAUCACAGGACGGGCGACGACGUACGUCUGGGAUCAUUUCCAGGACGUUGCCGGGCUCAAGCUCAAGGGUAUAGAGAAACAGAGCCGUAUCGGGUUUAUCACCAUAAUGGAGUACCACAGAUAUUGUACCGUGGGUUCGUUCUAUAAGAAUCCCAUUCAUCCUAUAUGGGUCGUGGGUUCUGAUACACAUUUAACAGUAUUAUUCAGCGACGAAAAAAAAUUAGUAAGUCCGGAAACAAAGAGCGAACAAGCACGUAGGGUGUUCAAAAGUUUUGAUCCCGAUGGGAACAAUUUUAUUAGCUCUGAUAAGCUUCAAGAAGUUUUACAAGCGUUAGAUUUAGUUAGCGAAACCGAAUACGUAAAUAUUAUGAAAAAGAAAUUAGAUAACGAAUCGCUAGGUAUAAUUCUAUUAAAUGCAUUUAUGGACGAAUUUUUUCCCAAAGAGGAAUCUUCAACGCCCGAUAUGUUCACACUAAUACACUACAACGGAUUGGCUCAAAGCAACGUGAACGGACAGGUUCAGUACCAUAUAGGGUCCGCCAUAUUGUUAGAAUCCGACAUAAAAUCAGUGUGCGAAUCGAACCCAAUGUUAACAGUGUUGCAAACAAAAUGGCCGAGUAUAGAAGUGACUUGGUGCGACGGAAUAACCCCUUCCCUAAAUUAAAAUAAAAUAAAAAUUUAUUUAUUUAUUGAAUUUAUUUGUUGUUUUUUGAAAUUCUUAUUCUUGCUACGAUGAUAAAAUAAAAAAAAAAUAAAAAACGCAAAACAUUACGUUAAGAGAGACGAAGUUCAGUUAGAUUCACUAAGAAUUUUUAUGUAAUUAUAUAGUUAUAGAGAUUGAGUGUAUGCUGUGAUCACGAAAAUUUAAAUAAAACUACUAAAAUUAUUUUUGUUAAUGCAUCAUGAUGUAAUUUUAUAUUUUUCAUUGUUUCAUAGUAAUUUUUAGGUUAGGUUUCAUUGAAAUUCAGUGUCAUUAUUAAAUAUAUUCAUGCGAUGCAGUUGUA